AUGGAUACCCAAUUGACCGGAGGUGGUCCCUCUCCCCCUGAAUCCUAUCCUGCAGACGGUCCUAACCCAACCUUCUUCGACUUCUCCAAGUCCUCGGGAGAGAUUUCUUCGCCGAACGACAAAUGCCUCUGUAAUCAAUUAUUGUCCUUUCAAUCUAAAUCUUUCCUCACAACUCUCGUCCAGUCCUCUUUAUUUCCCCGUGAUUCUAUUCCUCUAUUCUCGUCUUCGUUCCCUAACCAUUCUCUUUCUAUUGCAUUAUUUCCUUCGGUUGGGCUGUCACCAAAUUCGCCUUUAAGAGAGGAUGGCCAUUGUAACUAUUGUUUCUCCUCUUCUUCUUCUUCUUCUUCUCUCAAGACGGAAUCUCACGACACUGACGAGACAUCAUGGCUUCUUCUUCUCCUUCUUUGCGAUCUCAGACCUCAUUUUCCUCUUCUCCUUCGAGCGUCCCAUUCUGAAUUAUUAAUUAAUAAUAUUCCUGCGCUGCCAACCUAUUCUCCUCUUCUCCUUCGCCUUCUCCCUCCUCCUGGUGUUUUUUCAUUAUCGUUGUCAUCAUCAUUAUCGGCAUCAUCAUCGGGUCUCUCUUCUUCUUCUUCUUGGACGAAAUAUAUUUCUUUUCCAUCUACCACCUCCUCCUCCUCCUCCUCGUCUUUCUUCGCCCCUCUCUGUUCGACUUCGCCAAAUACGCCUCCAUCAAUAUCUUCCAAUCUUUCACUCUCUCCCUCUCCCUCUCCUUUGGCUAAAACUUUACCUCCCCCAUCUCUCCAACAGUCAGACAACCCUCCCACCACCCUUACGCAUACCAACGCCUUGCGAUUCAACUACGGCACCUCUCCCUCUUUCUCCCCCUCUCCCUCAUUCUCCUACUCCUCCAACAACAUCUUCUCAUCCUCCUCCUCCUCUUCCUCCUCCAUCUCCAACUCCUCUCCCCCACCGUCACCAGACCUCAAGAAAACACCAACAUCGACAUCGCCAACACUGUAG